CAAACAGAGUGAGAACACUUGCUCGGAAUCGAAGCAAUAUAAGACUCUCUAUACCCUACCUAUACCGCACGCAACACAACGCAAACUACCAGAUAUCCUACACGCAUCCUUCCAAUCGUCGAACCGGUCUUAUUCUUCCUCUCGAACGACUGUAACGUACCCCAACGCCACACUCCUUCCUUUCGUUGGUGUUCUUUUAACGUAUCUCACAGUCCGAAACAUACAACACUACUAACGUUACUCAUUUUCGGUCCACUCUCGUCAUGAAGUUCUCCACUGCCACUCUCGCGCUUUGCGUCGCCACGGCUUCCGCCUUUGUUCCCGUCGCCUUGCGACCCCAAUCCAAUGGCGUGACGACCUAUUCACGAACAGGCCACGCGCUCCCAGUGUCUCGAAUGUCCACGACCGUGGAAGAUACAACGACGACCGAAGAAGCUUCCUUUGCGCCCAUGCGACCCCCCGUCGACUUGCCGUGGCACAAAAUUACGAAACAACUCCAGGACGCCUUUGGCUACACGGACACCGAAAUCGAAGCCUACAAUUCCCUCGACGGCGACAAAGAAGCCCUGCUCAAACUGUACAAGGCCAUGAUGCUGGCGCGGGGCUUCGAAAAUGCCUGCAAUCAGCAGUACAUGCAGGGCAAGAUCCGCGGAUUUAUGCAUCUCGACAACGGUCAAGAAUCCAUUCCGGGUUUGGUCGAUUACGCCGUCAAGACGCAGGACAAGAAAUUCUCCUACUACCGCGAACACACGCAUGCACUAGCCUCCGGAUGCGACCCGGGGGCCAUCAUGGCCGAGCUAAUGAUGAAGGAUACCGGAUCGUGCCGGGGAGCCGGCGGCUCCAUGCACAUUUUUGACAAGGAAAAGUACUUUCAGGGUGGCUGGGCCUUGGUCUCCGAGCAGUUGCCUUACGCAGCCGGCGCCGCCAAGAGUAUCUUGCUCGAUCGGGCACUCGGUCUAAGCGACGACGAAAAAAUUGUCAAGGGAAACGUCGCGCCGCCGGCGGAUGACGAUCGAAUCAGUGUCGUCUUUAUUGGGGAAGGUGGGGCCCAGAACGGACGCAUGGCGGAACUGCUCAACGCCGCCAGCAAGGACAACCUGCCCCUGCUCAUCAUUGUUAUCGACAAUGGUCGUGCCAUUAACACAUUCACGCCCGAUAUCGCCAGGAACUCCAACGUUUACCAACAAGGCUUGCACUACGGCGUCCCCGGUUUGUUAGUCGAUGGUCUGAACGCAGUCGACGUGGCCAAGGGCGGCAAGGCCGUGGUGGAUUACAUUCGGGCGGGCAAAGGACCGGCCAUUCUGCAGGUUCACACUUACCGCUUCAACGGCCACUCGCCUGCCGAUCCCGAACACGAACGGGGUCGCAAGGAAGAAAAGGCGUGGGCGCGCAACGCACAGGAUCCCAUCAAAGCCUUUGAAGACGCUUACACGGCCAACGGCGUCUUUACCGAGGACGACCUCAAGGCCGCCAAGAAGGAAAUCUUGGCACAAGUCAAGGCCAGUGUUGAAUUCGCCGACAAGUCGCCAAUGCCACCAGUGGAACUUGCCAAGGAACUGGAAUACCCCGACAAGCCCAGUACGGAUUACAAUGUUCGCAGUGGACCGGCAUGGGCGGAUGAAGUUAACCAGCGUACCAUUUCGAGCUCGCAAAUGGAAACAAUCCAAGCCCAUAUUGCUGCUCUGCAACAAAAGGCCAAGGAUGGUGAGAUUUCCAUUGGUGACGCCAUUAAUCUGGCCAUUCAUGAAGAAAUGCUUCGUGAUCCCACCACAACUAUUCACGCGGAAGAUUUGCAGGCUGGCUCGUCGUACGACAUUCCCAAAUUGACCCAGCAAACCUACGGGCAAAUUCGUGCCGCGGAUGAGAUUAUUGAUGAAGGACACUUUAUUGGCAAGGCUUUGGGCGAAGCACUCAACGGUUAUCGUCCAAUUGUCGAACUCAUGAAUACCAACUUUGGUAUCUACGGCAUGGCUGAACUCUCGUCGGCAGGUAACACUUUCGCCACUACUGGUGGGCAAUUCGACAUGCCCAUGACGAUCAUCGGUGCUGGUGGUACUGCCCCCGAUCAAGCUUUGGGUGCCGAGCACAGUCAACCGUUUCAUGCGUACGUUAUGGGUAUUCCCGGCCUAAAAAUUGGCACCGCCGCAUCACCCGAUGCCGCCUAUGGUCUGACUAAAUCCAUGAUUCGCGACAACGGUCCGUGCUUUUUGUUUGCUCCCGUGAAAAUGAUGAAGGAAUCCAAAGGAAAGGUUGAUAUUGGCAAAUGCAUGCCUCUGAACAAGGCAGCAUUACUGCACGAGGCCUCCGAGGCGACCGUCAAGGCAGGCAAGGCCGUGACUGUUUUGACGUACCUGCAUGGCGUGAAGGAAGCAACCGCGUCAAUCGACGCGAUCCGGGAAGAAGGCUUCGAUAUUGAUUUGAUUGAAUUGCGAUCUCUCAAGCCGCUGGACAUGGAAACGAUUACAACGAGUCUUGCGCGUACCAAUAAGAUGGCCAUUUUGGACGAAUCAACCAAGUCUGGUGGAGUCGGUGCAACCAUUUCGGCUCAAGUAAGCGAGGAAUUGUUUGAUUUGCUAGAUGCCCCCGUAAAGCGACUCUGCAUGGACGAUGCCCCCGUACCGUACGCGAGUAGUAUGGAAAAGGCUGUCGUAAAGCGUGGCUCCGAUUUGAUUGAAGGUGUCUUUAAUUUGUGCACCAAAAAAUUCUGAAUAAAAAGUGGUAGACCUUGACUUCUGUCUCUUUUGCCAUGUUCUCUAUCAUGAACCUCAGAACUACUAUAUAAACUUUCGCUAUCUAUUUA